AUGACCAGGUUCCAACUACCUCCGAGCCGGCGCGGCGAGGCGCAGCACCGUCUGACUUCCGGCGGGUCCGCCCCUUCCUCGUACGUCACCGCACCGCCCAACACACGCCCCGCCCACCGGAAGUACACGUACCGCGGGGGCGUCUGGGGCGGGGCCCCAGAGCACUUACAGCGGCCUCGCUUGGACCCCGAUUCCACGUGCGCCCAGAUCCAGGGCAGUCAAUUGCAAGACUGUCCAGCAGGCGCCAUGGACGUGAACGCUCUGGUGCCGGGGGCCCUUUGGGGUCGGCAUUUGUUGCUGCUGUUAUUGCUCUUGGCGGCGCCCACUGACGCCUGGUAUAAGCACGCGGGGAGUCCCCGCUACCACACGGUGGGCCGCGCCGCCGGCCUGCUCAUGGGGCUGCGCCGCGCGCCCUCCCUCUGGCGCCGCGCUCUGCUUCCGCCCGCCGGGCCCGGAGCCUGGGAUACCGUCGCUCUGGGGGCUCCUGGCCUGGGAAGACCUCAGGGUUCCUCUGCCACGGAUGCUCUCCUGCAGCUGCCCUCGAGGGUGCCGGAGCAGGAAGAGGCUGCCCACAAGGGCACUCAGGCAGAGCUUCCCAAGCGUGUGCCCUGGAACGCGCGAGACCCGGACCCGGAUCUGCGGUAG